AGGCGCACGCGUCAAGCGUUACUGAUGCGUGUCAGCUGUCUCGGUCGUAAGGAAAACGGCAGUGUACUAUACAGGUGUUCCGGAGCUCUCUACGUCCGUAGUCUUCCAAUGUAGAGCAGCGAUCGUAUAUGGCUUAAAUGGCUUGCGAUAAUCGUACAAAGGUGUAUCUCGGAUACGAGGACGAGUAUGUCACGGACAAGUAUCGCUCCUUGCUCAACUUCACCACGAACAAGAUCGGCGGGCAUCCAAACUGUUAUGGAAAAAAUACAUUAUUGUCACCACAAUGCAGACUCUGUGGCUUGUAUCAGCUCUUAGCACUCCAGUUGUAUGCACCAUUAGAUAAUUCAAAAUAUCAUCGGACAUUAUAUAUAUUUGCAUGCAUUAAUCCAAAUUGCUGGAAUCAAAACAAAAGCUGGACAUGCUUGAGAAUACAGCACUUAGAAGAUGAAAGUAAUACAUGUGUUCUGGAUUCUGGGAGUGUUAAUGUGCCAUCUACAACAGCUUGGCUAUCAGAUGCAGAUGAUUGGGGUGAUAAUGUAAAUGACAAUGCAGCAGAACCAAAUGGGAAUAACAUGUUGGAAAAUGAUCCAUUACAAUUUCAUUUUUCUUUGCAUAAAGAAAUAGAUCAGGAUAUACGAGAAGAAUUCUCUACCCUGCGUGUAGAUGAUCCAAAUGCAAAUAGUCCAACUAGUGUAGACUCUCCAGUUAGUGGAGGCGCCGUAGGUCGUUUAGAUUCUCCUCAAGCCUCAGCAGAGAUCGAUGGAGACGAAAACGAAGUUGUAUGCAUCGAUACUCCGACUCGACCGCAAUGUGAUUUAGUUAGUUUACUGCACGAAGUAACUCCGUUGCCACUGCAAAUAAUGAACGCGGAAAUUAAAUACACGUUCGACGAAAUAUUUCUUUCGGUUGACGAAGAGGAUUGCAAUACAGAUGUGUCCCAACACGUUCGAGACUUGUUAGUCGAAUAUCAGCACGGCAAUCCGGAUCCAUCAACGAAGUUUACGCCGGAUUCUGGCAAUCCUAAGACAAUUGAAACUGACGUGGAAAAGUACGAGAAAGGUGUUCCUAAGCACGGUGAUGAAAUGUUUCACAAUUUUGUUUGCAGAAUACAAAGAAAUCCUGGACAGUUGCUACGUUAUUCAAGAGAUAAUUCUGCACCGUUAUUACUAUAUCCGCUGAGUGGUUGUAUUGGUAAAUGUCGAAAUUGUGGCGACGAGAUGAUUUUUGAGUUGCAAGUUUUACCAACGAUCAUACCAAAGUUGAUAUUGAAUCCACGAAGCGAACGGAAUUUCCAGAUUGAGUUCGGUACCGUUUUAAUAUACACUUGCAUUAGGAGCUGUUGGUCCGCGACUGAUUUAUAUCGGGAAGAGCAUGUUAUUGUUCAAGCGGAAAGACUAUAGUUAUAGGAUUUUAAAUAAGGAAAUUUCGAGUGCGAAACCUCCCUCCCCCAAGGUUCUUCCAAUGAUCCUACAUAGAGUUUCAUAUUUAUGCAUUUAAGACUAGUCAUGUUACAUCUGUAGAAAAAAUACCGUCCACCUCUUCAUGUAUUUGUCAGAAGUUCUAAGUAGCGAAUGAUGGUUGAUAUAGUGAAAUUACAAUUACAAAUAACAAUUAUAAAUAUAAUAUAUAUACUUCAAACUA